AUGUCUAUUUCCCCACAAAAAAUUUCCCGAACUGAAGAUAAAAACAAUGAUGAAGUGACCAACCCAACUUUGGAGGAAGUUAAUGAUGAAAGCGCUGUGUCCAGUCGUUUUGAAGAACUCUUCAACUGCCCUCUGUUCAGCGACAUCAAGCUCAACAUUGGGGAUGACCAAUAUUAUGCCCAUAAGUUUCUACUGGUCACAGCUAGUGAAGUUUUCAAUGCCAUGCUCAAUGAAGAAAGAUGGAAGGAAUCCCGCCAACCAGAAGUUGAGCUAAAUGAAACUGAUGAAUGCAUUCCUGUCUUUGGCCAGUUCCUCAGGUACAUCUAUUGUGGAAAAGUGGAACUGACAACAGACACAACUCUGCCGAUCUUGCUUUUGGCAGAUAAAUACAGUCUGGUGAGUUUGCGUAAAUCAUGUGUCGACUAUAUGAUGCGGCAUAUUGUUGAAUCCCCGGACACAAACCGCACACUCACUUGGUACCAGUAUGCUAAAAUGACAAGUCAAGAAGAACUAGCUAACAGCUGUCUGAAAUUCAUCACUUCGAACUUUGACCUCAUUCUUCGCACAGCUGAUUGGCUCGAUGUUUCUGACACAGAGGUGGAGGAGUUUCUUAAAAACUCCGAGCUGCUUGUUGCCAGUGAGUACGCCCUUUGGAAAGAGGUCGAAAAGUGGCUCAUAGUUUCCGAAAAUCGGCUUGAAAAAACCGAGGACAAUUUGGCACGGAUUGUUCCAUUGUUACGCUUUAGCAUGAUGACACCGAAACAACUCUUGGAUAUAGAGUCUUCGAAUUUGUUCCGGAAUCAUCCCGAACACUUUAGCCCUCCCCUUAAUGCUGCAUAUCGUUACCAUUCUCUCUCUCCAGACGUUAUAACAGAUAUCGGCAAAGAGGCAUAUCGAAAUUACACAGAUGAAUCAUAUUCGAUAUGUUGUAAGAUCAACCUCCAGAAGUACCUUGAGCUCCUUCCAGAAGUAUGGUCACAAAGUUUCCUUUCCGGAUUGAGUUCUUCCCAAAAGGCUAUUUUAGUGCCUAUUCCCUUUAUGGAAGAUAUCUGGGUCGUCAGACAGAUAUGA